UUGUGAAUUUCGAUCGCUCGACGCAUUUACAAUAGAUAAUUUUUUCUCAGCUGAUACAGCAAAUCAAAAUAAAAGAACAACCGAUUGUGUUGAAAUUCUUUGCUAACAUUAUUAUUAAAAGUUAAAAAAAGUAUUUUUUGUGAAAAUGAUUACAACGGAGUUGUGGUUCCACGAUUCAUCGGACGAUGAAAGAUUAGUGAAACUAGCUAGAAGUAGUAAACAGUUCAGGGGCGCAUCCAACCCCCUAGAAAUGGCUCCCACUGAAUUUUUAAAGAACUUUAGAUUAUCUAAAGAGGCGUUUGUGAACCUACUGUCCAGUACAGAAAACCAGUUGCAGCAGUGCACCCGAGCCAAAUCCAUUCCAAAUAUGUUAAAGCUAGCCACAGUUCUGCGAUUUUGUGCUCAGGGAUCGUACCAAUUGAGUAUUGGUAAUGAAGGUAUGCUAGGACUUGCUCAACCCACUGUGUAGGAUGAUGCUGAAGAUAUUGAAGUGGAGUCAAAUAACGGAGAAGUAGAAAACAUAAGAAAUGAAAUUUUGAGAAUAUUAUAGAAAAAUCUAAAAAGUAUUAAAUAGAAACCCUUACGCCACAGUUUCUGUUUUAUUGUUGUUAUAAACUUUCUGUAUUCAAUUAUUCGUCAUUCGAAAAAAAUAUGUAUUUCAGUUCCUCUACGUAUUUCAGCCCAUACCUGCCAAGGGAAAAUAAAGGCCCCUAUUAUGAGUUGCAUUCGAUCUUCGAUAUUCGUUGGUUGUCGAAGAUCGAAAAUCGAAUGUCAAUUUGGUAUUAUGAGCGGUGCAGCCCUGUCGAAAUUUUCGUUGAAUACCGAAUUUAGAGUCGAAUGCAAUUUUGCUUUCGACUG